CCAUUUUGUGGUAACAAGAUAUGGUUGGAUCGUUCAUAUUUAUGCAGUCAUGCGAAAGGGAUUCUAAAGGUGUUAUACUGUAAUCUAAAUGGAUUUCAAUAGGAACGUUGUACUACUUCAAGAUCUGUGUCUUCUAACAGUCAAUAGUUAUCUCUCUCCCUCCAAUGUCUGGUCCAUUCAUAGACUUGUACCCUAUGUACACUGUCCAAGAAUCGAGCACAUCGUUCACUCGUUCAUUUGUGACAAUUUCAUGGACAUUUCUCACACCGAUCAGUUCUUGGCUUUGGACGAGAAAGAAAUGCAAUGUCUCCUCGAGAACCAAGAUAUCAAAGUAUCGGAAGCAGCCAUGUUAGACAGCUUAGCUCGAUGGUACAAACACAAGGAAAGGCAACGAGAAAAUGCUUUCAAACAGCUGUUUGACAAACUACACUUGAGUGUUAUCGGCAAGGAUGUGUUGUCAGAAGUGAUCAAGAAAUAUCAGUUGGUGAAAGUUAUCCCUGAGCUACGUAAGUACAAGAAGCUGCUUCCCCAACGUGUGAGUCUAGAUGACUUGAUUUUUCAGGAGAACAUUUCCAACAUGGCGGUGAUUUCGGUUUCAAGGGAAUACGUAGAACCAAAAAUUAUAGCUCCAGAGUUUUUUGGAAACAGUGAACCUCCUAUAUUUGAGUACUUGCCAUUUCAAACAGGCGUCAUCCACUACUGGGUGCCGUUUGCAUCACAAAGCAUUGAAGUUGAGCUGAAAACACUUGGAAAAGACCUGUUUGCCAGUUAUAUAGUCCCUUGUAAAGAUAAACUGUACAUUUUUGGAUCAASUAGGCAAUCUUUGGAUUCCGCUAUGUUGGAACCAAUUGCUGUUUAUAUAGAUCUCCAUACGAGAAAUUUCCACAAAUGCAGCACACCUCCAGACAUCUUACCUGCACAGGGUGUUUGUCUUUCUUCUGCAAGUUACGUUUUUAUCCUUGGUGGCUAUGGAUAUGAUCCAAGUANUGGUACUGAUUCCUCUGAUCCUCUUGAUUACAUGAAGACCCAAACAUCCCAAUCUGUGUACAAAUAUGAUCACAUCAAAGAUAAAUGGACAGAUGUAGCGCCUUCAGUACACCAACAUGUUGACUUUCAAAGAUUGGUUACUCAAAUAGUCGUCCUGUACAAAGAUAGAUUCCUGUACAUAUUUCAUAGCAGACUCUGCGAGAGAUAUGACAUGUGUACAAAUACUUGGUCCCUCGUUGCACCGCCCUUGGUGGACAUUGACUAUUUUUUUUGCGCUAAUGUUUUAGAUGAAAGGAUUAUUGUUUUUGGAGUAACUGCAGAAGGAUUUGAAGGUUCAACCAAAUGUUUUUCUGUAUAUAAUGUUGUCAAUAAUUCCUGGCAACAACCAUGCAUUUUUCCUCCAUCAGUGAGUUUGAUAACAAGGGCAUUUUUUGGGAAGAACUUUGCUUUAGCUGAAGCAUUCCGCAAGAGAAGAGAAUUCUUUCAAGAAUAUAAAGCAAGCUACAGUAUUUCAGAGCUUCAAUUUCCUUCAGGGAAAACUGGGAAAUUAAUGGCUUGUAGCAAAAAGAAACUUGAUUUCAAGUUGAGCUCAAGAAUGAAUGUCUUUGAAUAUUUGAUUCUUAGCCGAGGUCUUCGUCUUCUGGCAGUCUGAUGUAGUGAGCAUGUUUUGAGGUUCCUGUAGAUAAAAAGAAAAAGAUAUAAAUUUAGAUUUUUACGUGAUUAUUAUAUGAUUUGCUUGUGAAUGUAUUUCAAAAUUAUGAUUCGACAAGAUACAUUGGUUUAAAAAACAGUUUUAAAACUAAACUGCCUAAUUAAGGCUAAAUGCAACUAAAUGCAGGGAUGCCAACCCCCCAACUUUUCAAAUCUUGAGAACGAAAAUUAUGACGUCAUACCGGAAAUGACGUUUCAUAACAUUAUCGAUGACGUCAUCGCAUUUAUCAAAUUUCGUUAUAACUAGUGAUUUGACUGGAUGUAUCUUAACCAAUCAUAUUAUAGAUUGUAUUAUGCAAUUGAAAAUGGCCG